AUGUCGGGUCUCGAGAAUGCGCUUUUCAACCUCAAGUUCACGGCCAAGUCGCUGAACAGGCAGGCGCUCAAAGCUGGCAAGGAGGAGCAGGCUGAGAAGACCAAGCUGGAGAAGGCUAUGAAGCAGGGCCACAACGACAUCGCCCGCAUAUACGCCGGAAACGCCAUUCGCAAGCAGAAUGAGAAGCUCAACCUGCUACAACUCGCCUCGCGCGUCGAUGCCGUCGCAGGCCGCGUACAAACCGCCGUCACGAUGCGACAGAUUACAGGCAACAUGAUGAAGGUCAACCGGAGUCUAGACGUAGCUAUGAAGUCUAUGAGUCCCGAGAGGAUCGCCUCGGUCAUGGUCGAUUUCGAGAAGCAGUUCGAAAACGUAGACUCCGCCACCGAACUCUACCAGGACAUUACCUCCUCCGCGACCGCAGUCGGUACACCACAAGAGGACGUAGACCGUCUGAUGGCGCAGGCGGCAGACAAGGCAGGCGUAGAUCUACAACAAGAUCUCCAAGAAGCCACACCGGCAAAGACGAAGGUUGGGCCCACCGAGCAAGAAGAAGAGGCAUUUACCGAGAGGCUGCGUGCUCUGAGGAAUUGA